AUGCCUCGUUUGGAUUCUCUACAGCCUCAACAUGUUUGGGUGCUCGGCGCAGUCGGUGCAUUAGUUUUACUGGCAUUUGGUCUGCUCUCGCUCAAGUCGAGAACAAAAUAUCGAUACCCGCCUGGCCCGAAGGGAAUUCCGGUGUUUGGGAAUCUAUUUCAACUCCCACCAGCGUAUCCAGGGGCCAAGCUCAUAGAAUGGGGCAAACAAUAUGGAGAUCUUUUCUCAGUGCAACUUGGCGCAAGGAGAUGGGUGUUCCUCAACUCCUCGAAGACGGCGCAAGAGCUCCUGGAGCGGCGCGGUAGGCUCUACAUCAGCCGGCCCGAGUUCCCCGUUACGCAAGACAUAUUGUCCGGCGGCAAGCGCAUCGUCAUGAUGGGUCAUACAGAGCGCUGGAGGCAGCUCCGCAAGAUCAUGCACCAGCUCUUGAUGGCUAGCAAUUCGGAGACCUAUAAGCCUUUUCAGGAUGUGGAGUCCCGGGCACUUGUCUGGCAGUAUUUCAAGCGCCCAGAUGAGUUCUACCGGCAUGGAGCUCGGUUUGCAAACUCAGUAAUCUUCUCUGUCGUAUUCGGUCGUCGAACAAGCAUGGAAGACGAGAACGUCCGCCUGUUAUUCUCGACCAUCGACGACUUUCUCGAAACUCAGACGUCGCCGUCUUCGAGCUUGGUCGAGCAGUUCCCGUGGUUGGUGAGGGCCAUGCCUCGGUCUCUCCAGUGGUUUAGACCGAAGGCGGAGCGGUCGUAUAGGAAAACACUUGGCGUGUACACUGCUUUCUUUGACGACCUUGAACAACGUAUCAAGAAAGGAGAGAACCCUGAAUGUUUCGCCCGUGGGAUGGCGGAUCUUGCCACCAAGUAUGGCUUCGAUAAAGCCCAAGCCUAUUUUGCCGCUGGAUCGAUAAUCGAGGCCGGCAGUGACACGACUCGCAAUCAGAUCAAUGUCAUGCUUGCGGCAGCGGCCAAGUAUCCUGCCUGGGUUGCCAAUGCACAAAAGCAGCUCGACGAGGUUUGCGGACAUGCCGCGAGGCUGCCCACAUUCGAUGACUGGGAUCGCCUGCCAUACAUUGUCGCAGCGGUCAAAGAAACGCUCAGAUGGCGACCGAACAUGACAGCUUCAGGAGUGCCUCGAGCUCUGAUCGAAGAUGACACAUACCGCGACUUCGUGUUCGAAAAGGGGACCAUAUUCGUCUACAACCACUUCGCCAUCAGUCAUAACGAGGAAGAAUACGCGAGGAACGAGGAGUUCCUGCCGGAGCGAUUUCUGAACGAGGAUCUCCAGGAGUUGUUAAAAGGGCAUUUGGGGUUCGGCACGGCAGGGCGACGGGUUUGCCCCGGCUGGCACGUCGCGACCCGGAAUAUGUUUAUCGCGUUCUCUAGGCUGCUUUAUUGCUUCGACUUUCAGGAAGUGCCAGGGGCACCCAUUGAUGACUGGAAGAUCGACCCGCUGGCGCAUGACCAUCCGCCAUUUCGGAUUCGGAUUACCCCAAGAAGCGAAGACCAUGUCAGAUUGAUUGAAAGGGAGUGCGCCCUGGCUGGGGAGGAGUUGGAGUGA